GCCUCUCUUUGUAAAUUAUAGAUUUCCCGUUCUGUCAUUCCCAUGAUUCCUUCUGCCCCGCAGCAUUUAACUCUUUACUUCCUUGCUUACAUUUCACCCUGUGUUUUCGUAACCUGCACCCAUUCCCUUAUGUGUUUUCUUUCCCUUCCCCUCCCUGCAGAUUCUCUUACUCAAUACUCCUCCUUCCAUUUGCCACCUUCUUUCUCGUGUCUUGCUGUUUGUUGUCUGUCACCUGUCACAGCUGUUGUACUUGCCAUUUUUGGUUGUGGGCUGUCACUAGCCUGAGUCUAAAGAUAGAGCCAUGUGUGAGGCCUGCACCGUCAUUCAUUCUAUCAGCUCAUCGUGCUCUUGCUGUCCCUUUGUGGCCAGACAUUCUGUUGAAACAGUAUCUCUGUUCCCCAGCUGACUAUAAAUAGCAGAUCUCAUGAGUUGUCAGGAUCUUGACUUGAAAACCACCCAGGGACCAAAGGAGAUGACCUUGCUCUGCUAUAACAAAGGAUGCGGGCAGAGAUUCAACCCCACAGACAACAAUGCAGAUUCAUGUCUCUUUCACCCUGGUUACCCCAUAUUUCAUGAUGCUUUGAAAGGCUGGUCAUGCUGUAAGAAACGCACCACAGACUUCUCAGAGUUUCUCGCCAUUCCGGGAUGCACUAAAGGGUUACACAGCAAUGAGAAGCCCUCAGAACCAAUGAAGCCGGAAAUCUGUGGAAACAAGGGUGUAUCAGAUGCCAAAUCAAAUCGCACAACAGAUAUAAUCGUACAAGGUCCCAAAUCAGCAGAAAAAAUGUUAAAGGAGAGGCCCAGUGCUCAAGAACAAAUGCAACCACUUGUACUCAAAGUGUCCCAGUCACUUGAGAAGGAGCUGGAAAAACUGAAAAUUAAACCGCAAGAGAAAGAAGUGCAGAAAGUUGAAACUGACCAAAUAGGUGUUGGAACGACAUGUAAACAUGCAGGCUGCAAAGAGGUUUAUCAGGGGCCAGAAAGUGAUGCAGGAACCUGUAUUCAUCACCCAGGGGUGCCAGUUUUCCAUGAAGGGAUGAAGUUCUGGUCUUGUUGUAACAUCAAGACCAGUGACUUCAAUGAAUUCCUGGAUCAGCGAGGAUGCGCCUCAGGGAAACACCUUUGGAUAAAGACUACAGGCAGACAGGCAGUCUCAUGUCGCUAUGAUUGGCACCAGACAAGCAGCGUGGUUGUUAUUACUAUUUAUGCAAAGACAGCAAUUCCGGAGCUCAGCCAUGUUCUAGCGAAUCAGACAGCACUGGACAUUCAGAUUUCCUUUCAAGGCCAGAGCGAGUUUAGGAAACAAGUGGAGUUGUGGGGGGUUAUUGAUAUUGGCAAAAGUACUGUCAGUUUGUUACCCACAAAGGUGGAGAUUACAAUGAAGAAAGCUGAUCCAGUGACUUGGGGGCGGCUGGAGCUUUCUCGCCAUUCCCCACAGAUUACAGUUGAAGAAGAGCCACAAAUCAACCCAGAGAAGCCACCAGAACCUGAGUUCUCUGAUGACGAUGAUGAUGAUCUCAGCUGGUCUGAGGAUGAGGAGCCCACAGACUAAUGAGGAGACAUUCAUCAAUUGUUAUAUUACUCUGAUACUAACUUAUUACACUUCAUCUUCCCAACUUUAUUCCAUCUGCAGUUUUCCCUAUUUUCUAAAUAGUCCCUGUUUCUAAUUUUCAAUUUACAAUGUUUUCCAAUAAGCUAAAACACAGGCUGCUCCUAUUACAAAUUAUAAUGUAUUCCCUCUAGUAAAUUAUAAGGAUAAUUACUAGGAUAAUUGCUAGGAUUACCCCUUCCCUUUACUCUCUGUCGUGAAUGUUUUCUAAGCGGAAGUCCAAUAUGCUGGGGGUUACAGUAUCUGUGCACUGGGAAUGAUUUACCUUACCAGAAUCAAACAUGGAGUAAUUUCAGUUUCCCUGUUUAGCUCAAGAAAUAAGAAAAACCACUGGGAUUUUUUGUGAUUAAAGCAAUAGGAAAAGAGGAUACCUACUACAUUCAUUGCACAAGAUGGUAUACUGCUCCUUUAAGAAAUGUAUUCACAGUUGUGUGGAUCAAUCCAGAGGGGCCAUGGCUUUGUGGAGUUUUUUUUUUUACUAUAGUCCAGCAGAUGGCACCAUCGGUACAAAUACAUGGCUUAUACCUUAUUUACUUCUCUUCCAACUAAAGCUUGGUUGAGCGAGAUGCUAUUAGUAGUAUUACUACUAGUCUCCUCCUUUGCCUUUAUGAUCCAAUAGCACAGCUGGAAUAUCCAGGUAGUCUACUGUGACUCAAGGCUAAGAACACAUUGCAAAAUAGGGAUAACAGGUAUUUAGGCAAGUUAAAUAGCCUCAGCAGCACUUGGUAACAAAUGGGGUUAACUGCAAGGAAUGGUGGUAGAUUUAUAUAUGUGUAAUAGUGGCCCUUUUUUGUUAUCAGUAACACAAGCUCAUGUGUGUGCCCAGCUGCCUGUAGCGUCAGGUCCCAAGCAGCCAAUCACAGUGGUCUCUGCAGCAGCUCCCAUACAAUUCUUGUGAUAAUUACUAGUGUCACAGCAGGCAACAAAUCACCUAAGUGGCACUAACCUUACAGUCACCUUCUCUCUGCAGUUCUUUAUUUGCAUCCCCCAUCUAUUUCACUUCCCAUUCAUUCACACUCUCUCUCCCCUUUCACACUUCUUCCACCUCUUUUUCCCUGUGCAUAUAAUCUUACUUUAACUGGCCUGAGAUUUCCUGUUUUCUUUUGUUUUUCUUAAUAAAUAUUUGUAUAUUUUCCUGUGAAA